CUCUAUUACCGUACCUGAGCCGACAUGGCAGCGGCGGCAGCUGCACAGCCCACCGUGAGUCUUCUUCUCUGGUUUUUAUCUCCCUGAAAGUCCGAGCUGUUCUCUUUAUGCUUCACCAGGCCGUCGGUUGGCCUGUCGGUUAGCCUGCCGCUCACUGCCGUCGAUUAGCGCAGGAUUGGUCCAGUGAAACGUUGAUCUUUGACACUCGGUGGACACGCUGAACCGGAAGCGCCCGGGCGAACCUCCGUCCAGGUGCUUGUGUUGAGAGCAAACAGCGUGUGUUUCCCCUGCCGGACUGCAGUGCUGACCUGCUGCCGGCGGCUGAACCGGACCGGAACCCGUGAGCUCACUGCGCUGCUGUAGUCCCAGGUAGUUCAGCUGAAAUGCUCAGAUUUCCCACAGACUUAAACGUCUGUCAGGAGUUUAUUCGUGCUAAAUCAGGACGUUUACGAGGCCCUGAACUUUGGACUUCACAGGAGCAGGCUUACAGACGUACCGAUUCGUCUGUGAAGGCAACGCUGCUCCAGACGCCGUCGAAGGACCAAACUGAACCUCUCAGCUCACCAGCAGCCGACUGGAUUUCCACAGAGCAGUCAGUCCACAGCGGAUCCAUCAGGGUUCACUGCUGUGGGUUUGCCUGUCGGGACCUAAACUUGGACCUGAACCGUCCGAGUGGACUUGGUUUUGUCACGCUGUGGGUCCAGGCGGUUUCACCAAUGCCUCGAUGGAAACUGCUGUUCAGUCAGCACUUGCGGUGGUCCAGCACCAUCACGCAAGCCCUCGUCCUGUCCGUCAUCACAUUUUGUGUCAUCCUGCCUCUGUGCUGCCAUCGGCUGCUUUACUCUUACUUCUUCAUCAGGUCCAUGUACCUGGACUCCAUGAGUGAGGAGGUCCUGCGGGAAAGCCGUGACCGAGGCCAGGACGCUCUGCACUUCUGGCAGAGCACUUCCUCUGCGGCGGCGACGUCUUCCAAAUUCAGGGAUGUGGGCAAGCAUCCCGAGCUGCUGGUUACCGUGGUGACGGCCAGGCGGAACGAAGGUCAGGAUUUCCACUACCUGCUCCAGGUGAUGCGGCAGCUGAGCAGCAUUGUGGGAGGCUGUGGGCAGCAGCGGUGUGCGGAGGUGUUGGUCUGUGAUGUGGAAAGUGGUCCCCAGGAAAACCAGGAUGCCAGCCUGCUGGAGGCCCACUUCAAGGUGAUUCGACGGUCCCCUCAGGAGCAGCAUAAGAACAGGGAACAGAUAAACACCUUCGAGAGGGAGAAGAGGGAUUACGUCUUUUGCCUCCGCAAGGGAUGGGAGCUGGUGAAGCCCAGAAACAUGGUUGUACUGGAGGAUGAUGCUUUGCCGACGCAGGACUUUUUCACAGUCAUAAAAGACCUGCUGUCACGUCGGUUUGCCCUCCAGACCCUCUACAUAAAACUGUAUCACCCUGAAAGGCUGCAGCGCUACUGGAACCCUGAGCCUUACCGCAUCCUGGAGUGGGUGGGACUUGGACUGGUCGGCGCGACGGCCCUCCUCCUCACUCUUGUUUACUGGAAGCCCUGCUCUUUCUCCUUCACGCUGUCUGCAGGACACCUUCUCUUCUUCACCCUCUACUUCAUGGCUGCCGCCGAGCUGCUGGGGCGGCACUACCUCCUGGAGGUGCGGAGACUGUCUCCACAGCUCUAUGCCGUCUCCCCAGCCACAGAGUGCUGCACCCCAGCCAUGCUCUUCCCCGGCAACGCCUCGCUCAGGGUGGCCGAUUAUCUGGACGGCUCAUUCUGCGUGAAGGGGAAUGCCAAAGACAUCGUCCUGUAUCAGCUGGCGAGGACGAUCCCUGGGGAAAGGUCUCACAGCGUGGAACCCAACCUCGUCACCCACAUAGGGGCAUAUUCCUCAGUCAGGCCCAACCCAUCCAGACCCAAAAUCCUCUGAAAGGGAGGAGCCGCGAGGACGUGGAGGACAGACAGACAGUCAGUGCAACAAGGCUGGACUUAGUCAAGUUCCUCCUGACUUGGUUCCACUUUUCCACCAUCUCAUUUUCUGGACUCUUCAGACGUUUGACUUCAGCGAGUGUUGAUUUGCAGGUGAGAAGAUGAAACAUGAGCUGUGUUUGGUUGAUAAGUACUGGAUUCUUCUUUUCAGCACCAGAUCACAUCAGCUGCUCUCACUGAACUGUGUUUUCUUCACGUCUUCGCUGCUGGAACACUUUGUCUUUCUGCUUGUCCACUGCUGGAUUAAUUCUACUGCCUCAAACUGUUUAAAAUAAUCAGAUGCUGUCAGUGUCCACUGUGACUAUCAUCCACCAUUUUUGCUAUGAGUGAGAUUAUUAAAAGAUUUGUUCACUGUUCCCACAAAACAUUCAAACAUUUGAAUCAGAUUUCUCCUUCACAAAUGGCCUUUGAGAAUGAGACCACAUUGACCAGAGACCGGAGAACAGACCACACUGAUCUGUGAGAGUACACAGUGAGGGGAGUUGAAGGUGCACUAAGACAUUUGUUCAAGUUGGAGCUUACCAGUCACGUGCAACCAUGAGGGUCAGAAGUGAGUUUUAUUUUUCAGGAACAUUUCGGUCUGACUGUUGAUUGGUCACAGUCUUUAUCUUCUGGGUUACUGAAUGAGGCUUGUGUCACGAAGGUGCAGGAAGUCUGUAGAUCUUUGUGGGUCUUGUUGGACUGGACAAACCAGGUUCACUGAGAAAUCCUCCUUCAUGUUUGGAGACAAUAUGAGAGCUUGUGGUUCUUAUUGUGGCCUUCACCUUUUUUGUAAUUUCUUAAGAGAAUUUUGAAAUGUGUUUCCACCCAUCUGUGACAGAGGACAGCAACAUUAGCCUGUGGCAGUACUGCUGCUGGAGAUGCUGUCAGAGCAGAACCACGCCGAUGGUGACCAGACCUCGUUCUGCUCUGAGGCAGGGUUGGGCGACUGGAUGAACAUGAACAUGUAGGCUGUCAGUGACCGACCGAGUCCAUCGCUCGUUUUUACUUUGUGGUGAUGUUUGAUAUGUUUCUCCACGUCCACAGAGUGUGUGCUGGGGUGAGAUGCUGGUGGAGUGAGAGAAAAAGCCACUACGGGUCAGUUUGAUUGACGUUAGCUUGUGAGCUAACUUCCCGCUAGGUUGAACUACACAGAACAGCAACAAGCUAACGGGAUGAUGAAGACCCAUCAUCGUCUUUGCUUUUUAACGGUCUGUCCGUGAAGAAUUAGUGACGGACUCUCGUUCACCGCCGACCCGGCAGCACAGCACUUUGACGCCACCUGCAGCAGCAUGUGGAGACGUAAUGUUUUUAACUCUGUGGUUUAUUUCAACCAAAGCAGAGCUGCUGAUUGUUGGGCAAAACCGUUUUGAGUUUCAUUUUGUUUUCUGUUUGAAUGAAGUGAAGGCAGUGAAGCUGACUUCAUUUGGCGAAACAGAACGUGCCGUUUUAAGUUUCUGUUUAAUAAGGAAAGCAGAAUAUUCUCUUUCUGGCUAUUUUGUGAGUUUAUCUUGAAUGUAUGGAAGUCACUGCUCAAACACAUCAGAAGAGGUUGUUUCUGAGUCAGUUUGCCAGCAGCAGGUGAACAAAACAAACGGUUUACUUUGUUUCUUUCCACACUGAGGACUGAGCUGCUAACAUUAGCUUAGCAUUGAGUUAACAGACUCUGGAGAGGGCUGAGGAAAACAUCUGGCUGACCUCUGGAUCACUGAAUGUGCCUUUAAUGUUUUUACAUUGAACAGAUCUUUGCUCCAUUGCAGAAUAUUACUGGAUUUAAUGAAGUUCACCAGUUGCAAUAUU